GUGUAAAAAACGCUUUAUGAUAGUGCGUUCUUUGAUUGAUAGAGAUUAAAAUUCCUGUAUGCGUGGAUGGUUACAGUUAUUUAUAUUACGAGUGCUUUUAAUUUGCACCAAUUUAAUGUAUAUCAGUGAAUUCUAAUUUCUCCCCCUUGUUUAUUUUCAUAUUUUAUAGAACUCAUUCACGUAAGAAGUUAGAUUGUGAAUUUGUGUAUACUUUGAAAUAUUUAUAUUCUUAUAUUCUUAUCAUCUCGAUCUUAUUGUUCAUAGGAUUCAGAAUGAUAAAUCAUAACUCUAGUGUUCAUAAAAUAUGAAAAUCUUGACUAUAUUGCAAAUAAUCAACUAAUUAACGGUUUUUUAUUAAUAUUUGGAGCGUACUAUAGUGUAGUUUUUUUAUUUUAAUUUGUACUAGUGUGUUUGUAUAUUACAUAGUGGCUUCUUGUUCCUUUUGACGCUAUAAUUUGUUAAUAAAUUUAAUUUAAUUUAAUAAAUCUGCUUUCAACUACCUUAUCGACCGUACCGUAUCAUAGUUCGACAACCUGCUGCAUCUCAUUCAAGCGCUACUAGUUCUGUGCUAUGUUCGUUCUGUCUAAUAUAGCCGCAACUGUCAACACGUGUACCAAUGUGUUCAAGUGUUACUAUAAUCAAUUAAUUAUAUAGCUAAAAUAAAUUAAAUUUUUGAGCAAAGUAGUGGAUUCGCCUUUUGUGCGUUUACCGUAAUACAUAACUACAUAGUGUUGCACUGCUUAACUAUUAAGUUUAAUUGUUUAUUCGGCACGUGGUUGACAGUUUCUCUUAUGAUGUUUCUUCUAGCAAUAUAAUUAAUGUAUACCUGUGCAGGUUCAUCAUGCAGUGAGUAACUGUGGAUUAACUGUGUCUCACGUUUCAUCGACAGCAUUGAUAAUACAGGAAUAUUAUCACGUGUUGUCUCCGUUAGCAACCUAACGUCGCAUCGGUGUGUUACUAUUUUUUAAUUUAUAUUAACAUUAAUACUAAAAUUUCUUCGUUAAUAUACUAAAAUUGUAUUUAUUCCAUGCUGGAAUCAUCCUGUUGUGGGAAGUUAUCCAGUGUUAUACAUGAAAUGGCGGAUCAUCUAUCUACUACCACGUGCAUAGAGGUUAUGUGGACUCUUAAUGUUCCAUCAAGUACAAAGUUCCAUCAAAGAGCUGUUCACUCUCAGCGACUGUAUCAGUGAGAUUUCUAGGAGUCAGCGUUUUUUCUGCAUGGGUUUCAAGAGCAUACUGUGCAUCCUCCAAUUCUUCAUCACAACUUUUACUGGUCGUUUCUUUAUUUAUCUUUUCAUGGUAUGAUGCGCCAUUAUACUGGCUCACUCUACUGACUCAUUCACCAUUUGAAGUAAAUGAUCCGUUUCAUUUGUCUUGCUUCACGCUUCUUUUGCCCUCACAACGUUUUCUGAGAGUGUUAACAAUAUAUAGAUGUAAUAUAUAGUCUUUGCUUUUGAUAUAAUCUUCAACCUCAAAAUGUCAUUUCAAAAUAGGAAGCGAAGAGCAAUUUGCUACAAUUCAGAAACAGACUCGGAAGUCGAAAAUGACUUAACCAAAAACAAACGUGAUAGGAAGAAUGGAAAAAAAUUGAGAACACUAAAUUCGUCCGAAUCAGAAGAUUCCGAUGUUCACGGAGAGACAACAUGCGGAAAAAUAAUCUGGUCAUAUGAAAAUUUGAAACCACAAGUGCAUAAAUUUGAUUCCCACAAUUCUGGCAUGUCAAUCCAGCUUAAUCGAUCUGCAACUCCGAUCGAUUACUUCCAACUAUUUUUCUCUGAAGAAUUAGUGUCAUUUAUUGUGGAAAAAACGAAUGAGUACCGCAAAUUCAAGAUGGACAAUUCUAAGCGUUCUUUCCUAAAACCUUACGAAAGGGAAACAACAUUGAGUGAAAUAUAUAAUUUCUUUGUAAUUCGUUUACUAAUGUCGCGAGUAAAGAAAUUACAUUUUUCCGAAUAUUGGACAAAGGAUAAAUUUUUGCGAACCGAUGUUUUUGGCAAAAUUAUGAAUAGAGACAGAUACGUUUUUCUAUUACGCAUUCUUUACUUCAGUAAAAUUGAGUUAGUUAAUUCCGAUAGACUGAUAAAAAUUAGAGAAUUUUGUAAUAAGCUUUGUCGUUCCUUUCAAAAUUGUUUUAUUCCAUUCCGCCAUUUAUGCGUGGAUGAAAGUUUAUUGUUAAAGAGGCGGUUAUCAUUCCAGCAGUAUAUCCCGUCCAAACGGAAUAUGUUUGAUAUCAAGUCUUUUGUAUUGUACGACUGCAAAACGGGAUUCGUACUAAAUUUUGUUGUAUAUGCCGACGGCAAUUCCGAAAUAACAAAAAUGAACGAAAAAUAUCUAGGAAAAUCGGCUGAGGUUGUACUCACAUUAUUGAAUUCAUAUUUAGGAAAGGGGCACACAUUGUUCGUUGACAACUGGUAUACCAGCCCGACCUUAUUCAGUUAUUUACAUGAUAAUAAAACUAACGCGUGCGGCACCGUAAAGUCGCGAAGAAGAGAAAUGCCUGUAAUGAAGGAAAAACUAGACAAGGGUGAAAUAUGCUUCCGAUCAUCGCCUAAUAUGCUCGCUCUCAAGUGGCAAGACAAACGGGAGGUAUAUAUGUUGUCAACUUCCCACUCCGCGGAUUAUAUAAAUACUAAAAAAAUAAACUAUCAGACCGGAGAAAUUAUUCAAAAACCGUCUUGUAUUGUUGAUUACACUGCCAAUAUGGGUGUGGUCAACAACAGGGACAAAGUAAUAUCGAGUGUACAAUCAGUCCGAAAAAGUGUUAAAUGGUAUAAAAUAUAUUUUUUCCAUCUGCUUGAUGUGGCAAUCUGGAACGCGUAUUGUUUAUAUAAGCUUCAAGAGAAAGAAAAAGUAACAAUGCGAGUGUUUCACCUUAGAUUACUUAAAGAAAUUUUCGAAAAAUUCGGUUAUACGAAUAAUAACAUUAGCUCUAACAAAUCUAUCGCAGAUCAUCCCUUCAGACUAAGCGGAAAACAUUUUCCAUCGCACUGUAGGUCCACAAAAUCUAAAAAAGCGUUACGAAAUUGUAUCGUAUGUUCAAAGAAUGAUGUAAGACGAAGAUCGCGCUAUGAGUGUGAAGAUUGUGACGUGGGUCUAUGUGUCAUACCGUGCUUUAAAAUAUAUCACACUCAAUUGUAUUAUUAAUUAUUAAAGUAAAUUAUUAACCUCUUUGUUACGGCUGAAUUUUGCACGGGGCUGUUUCUCUGUAUGGCUGAGUUUGACGCGAUUCACGCUUAACACGUUCGUCGCCCAGCGUGAUUCGACUAAGUUUCCUGCAGGGCCCAAAUCCGACCGCCGGUACACAAAACGUAAAUAGAGCACUAAGUGGGAAUUCAUUGUUUAUCGCCUUCGAUUCAUUCUAAAGAAAAAUUUAUUUAGUUUUGAAGUGGAGAAAGCGAUAAGUUUUCCAGCUAGAGUAUUCCGAGGGAUCUCAUGGCAGAUAUCUCAGAUCUUUCAUUUAGUCGAGAAGCAUACUUGUGACAAGUACAUCAGUGAUUUUUUCAUCCUCAAAAUGUUCAGUAAACAGCGUGAAAAUAUAUUUGAACGUAAGGAGAGUAGUGAUGACGAAGUAUUGAAUUUUAGAAAAAAAGUUAUAAAUAGAAUUUCAUCAAGUUCGGACUCGGAUAUUGAAGAAGCAUGUGCAAGCGAAGGUCUCAAAGACAUGUUGGAAGAACUAGCCAUAGACGAAGAAGAGAAAUUCGACUCUAUUGAUAAUUCAUUGAACAAUAUUCAAUGCAACAGACAUUUCCGUUCACCGGAAAAAGCGGACUUUUGAUGGAUUUGCCGUCUGACAUUAGCGCAAGUGAAGUGUUUUCGUUAUUCGUUGAUGAAAAAAUGAUAAGCCUUUUAGUCACAGAGACUAAUAGAUAUGAGAGCAAAAAUUACAUCAACAUGAAGUGACCGGUCAAACUCGAUAUAGGAGGUGGAAAGCCACCACUUCCAAAGAAAUUAUAAAAUUUAUCGAACUAAUGAUUUGGAUGUCUAGUACAGACACCGCUUGUUAUAUGUUGGUCAACGAGCCGUCUUUACAAUUUUUCAUUUCCACGCAACAGAAUGUCCCGUAAUCAUUUUGAAAAAUCGCUAUUGGCAAACUUGCAUUUUGCAAAUAACGAAACUAUAGAACAGAGUAGCAGACUUGGAAAAGUUUUACUACUCAUAAACAUAUUGAUAGACAAUUACCAACAAAGUUGUUCACCAGGCAAAGAUAUUGUAGUCGACGAGACAAUGGUUCCUUGGAGGGGACGACUAACACUCCGGCAAUACAUAUCGACGAAAUCACAUUAAGUAUGGUAUAAAGCUAUUCAAACUGUGUUCCACCGAAGCUUACACAUGGUCUGCAAAAGUAUAUUCUGGACGAGAAACCACCGGAAGUAAGCAAGUUAGCAUAGCUGAGAACGUCUGCAUUGAACUUGCAGAUACAUUGCUAAAUGAAGGACGAACUUUGUUCGUCGACAAUUUUUAUACGAGCUAUCAGUUAGUAGUGAAAUUUUUAAAUUUUAGGACGCAUGUCCCUGGAACUGUACGGCACAACAAAGAAUAUAUGCCCAAUUCCGUAACGUCGUGCCCGUUGAAGAAAGGUGAAAUGAUAGCACGAGAGGAUAAGAACGGUAUUGUGAUUCUCAAAUGCAGAGAUGUUUGAAAUGUUAGAAUAUUAUCAACAAAACAUUCACCUAUUAUGAUUCCAAGCUCGAAUUCUACAUAUCACGGAUGUCCUCCAAAAUAGAAACCUUUGGCGGUAACUACAUAUAAUAAUGGAAAAAUUGGUAUCGACAGAAGUGACCAGAUAGUCUCAUAUGCCACUACGAUACGGAAAAGCAUCAAGUGGUAUCAGAAAUUAGCAUUACAUUUACUCUUAGGCAGAACUAUAGUAAAUGCUCAUACUGUGUACCAAAUAGCCACAAACAAAAAAAUACUGAUAAGACAAUUUCGGGAAAUUCUCGUUUACGAAUGGUCCAAUGUGUCCUCAGAAAAUACUGUCUGUGUGUUCGACAAAAUUGUGUUCGACAACCAUCGAAAGAAAACGAAGAAGGUGACCCACCAUUUGGGGAUACGUAAAAGUCAAGAAGGCAAGCAUAUAAGGAUGUGCACCCUAUGUUACAAGAAGAAGAGGCAAACUGUCUCACGCGAAGAAGCGAGAAAAAACAUAAAAAGAACUACAGUGUAUUGUUCGAAGUGCCCAAAAUCACCCCAAAUGUGUUUGGAAUGUUUUAGCGAAUAUCAUGUGAUAUAGCAUAAUGUAAUAUUUUAUCCAGAAUAUAAAUUAAUAAAAAGUAUGGCAUAAUGUG